CUCGUUCACUUUCCCACCACACCGUGACUAUCCACACCGCUUGCAGGUACAAGUGAUUGGACUCGAUUCUGGAACGCUUCCAAACUACAUAACGCACCAACGCCAUACAGAGCGAUCGAUUGCAGCACCUCUCGAACCCGAUGCAGCAGCGGCGGUAGCAGUGGUCAUGGAGCAUGGCACACCGCGCCUUCGAAGCGCAUUUCCACAGACACCACGACGAGGAGAUGGCGACCGAAACCCGCAGCAAAGAGCGAAUCCUUUCCGAACAUCAGCACCCUCGAGCCAGCAGAAACCGCUACCGCAAAUAGCCACUCUCAAAUCGUCGCCUGCGCCGCCAGCAGAGCCUCUCAUUCCCGAAACUAUCAUCGAUGCUCCUUCACAAAGACUCUAUGCGGUCGCUUUCUGGAUUGCGCUAUGGGGAUGGCGAUUAUUCGACUUCAGUAAUUUGGUGGACGCUGAAGAGCAGAGCUUGUGGUUGUUUAUGAAGUGGGUCGCCAUAGAUGGCGUGUUCCUGUUUGGUCUACCCGGAUUGCGGAUACCAUGGCUAGAAUGGAGCUCUGCGACCAUGACGUUGAUUUUCCUGGCGCACGCCGUGGCGGAUGGAAUGCUCAUGUUCAGGAUCCCAAUUCCGAUCAUGGCAGGACUUGCGGUGCUGUGGAGAGGAGUGUGGGGAGCGUAUGAGACGGCCAUCAACGAGCACGGCGUCAACCCAGACACUGUCUUGUUCAACGAUAGCUUGAUCUUGGGCCGGCAGAUCAUUCACAUCUUGCCAGAGGGCAGCGCGAUACUGAAUCCUGAAAGACAUGCUUUCUGCAUCGAUGGACAGGCGAAGAACGAAGUCAGACUCCCCAUCAUGAUCAACGCGACAGAACCGAUUGGGAUAGAUAUCAUGCAUGUGGACCUGGACACGCAGGCGAAUAGCACCAUUCGUAUCAGCAAGAGCCAGAUCAAGGCAAUGCACAAGGAGGCAAGCAGAUUGAUCACAUACAGCGAUAAUCCGAAUGAGCCCAAGACACUAUACUUUACCGUCAAGAAACCAGGACUGUACGCCUUGGCCAAAGUGGUCGAUGCGUCCAAUCUGGAAGUGAGCAGAAAGAAGCUAGCGCAUACGGUUGUUGUGCCUUGCCCCAGGGCUGAGUUUCUGCCUGCACAGGCGGACCGAUGCAGGGGCGAGCUGUCAAACAUCGAGCUGGAAGCCGUGGGAACACCGCCAAUGAAGAUAAAGUACCGCAAAGUGGUGAAUAAGACGCCUCAAACAUCGACAUUUGAGAACAUCCAGCCUGAAGAUCUGGUCUCGCCGUUGCUCAAGCAGAAUAUUGAUGCACUCGUGGUACCAAACAAGGUCGAUACCUCCUGGGCGAAGUCGCACACUAUGCGCGUACCACUGAGCGAAGGUCUCGUCACGUCUGGCACUUGGGUCUACGCGAUUGACGAGGUUGUGGAUGGUUUCGGAAAUCGCGUACAAUACUCAGCGAACAGCCAUAAACCUGAGGACAAGAAGAACGCGAAGACGACGCAUCAUCUCCAUCAGUACAUUGAGGUUCAUGAACGCCCUGUGAUCAAUCUCAAAGGAUGUACACCGCAGCAACCACUGAAGGUGCCAAAAGGCAAACCGCGCGCGCUCCCGGUUCAAUAUGCUUCGACAGGGCGCGGAGCGAUACCGGACACUCCCUACAAUAUCGAAUACAUUUUCAGCCCGCAAGCUGACAUGAGUUCUACCAGUGGCCAUGGCCCUGCGCCACAGAUCAGGAAAGAGACAGUCAAGAAUGCGAGAGAGGUUCCAUACAUAUCGGAGCCGGGCUUAUACACACUAACUGGUGUGUCUACCGACUUCUGCUCUGGCGAUGUCCUCGAGCCCGCGUCGUGCUUGUUGGAAAAUCCUCCCGAGCCACGACUUCAAAUCAGUUUCGACUCGAUCCAUGACAAGUGCGCUGGUAGCUCGAUUGGCCUCCGCGUCGAUCUUGAUCUAGUCGGAACGCCGCCGUUUGAAGUCGAAUACACCGUGUCUCGCAAGGGUCAGAGUCAUCACGAAACGGGCCGUGAGAGGAUCAAUGGCCUGCGCGGACAGAUAGAGCUCACCCCAUCGGAGGCUGGAUCCUACGAGUACAGGUUCACCAAGAUCAGUGAUGACGUCUACAAGAGACAGGAACUCUCAGGCGAGCACUUGACGCUGCGGCAAGAUGUGAAGCCAUCUGCGUCGGCACGGCUCGUACAGCAAGGCAAGCAGAUCACAUGCAUCGAUCACGCUGCCACGUUCGAGGCACAGCUGACUGGCGAACAUCCUUUCAAACUUGACUACGAACUGAUACACAAUGGCAAGCGUCACAAAAUGAGCCAGGAAAAUAUCAGUUCCAAUUUCCUCCAGCUCGAGACACCAAUCCUGAAGGAAGGUGGCGACUACACCAUGGCACUCGUCAGCAUUACAGACAAAAAUGGAUGUACAGAGUUCUUGAAAGAUGAGGCCAAGGUCACAGUGCGACACCAAAAGCCAAAGGUCAGCUUUGGGCAGAUCGAGGGCCGCCGCACUGUCGACACCCUAGAAGGCAAGCAGGUCGCGCUGCCAUUGCGACUCUCCGGCGAAGGUCCUUGGACUGUGCGGUAUCUGGACACCCAAGGGCACGAGCAGAUCAUCAGGCCUAGGGGACCGAAUGAUCGACUUGAUGUUGACCGGGAAGGCAUUUACGAGCUCAUCAGUGUCCAUGACAAUGUGUGUCCGGGACUAGUCGACACCGGCGCGAAGGAUUUUCAGAUCAACUGGAUUCCGCGACCACAAUACCGAAUCUCGCCUAGCGACAUCGCAAGUCAGAAGGGUAAUGUUCUUGUGCGCGCUGAGGUGUGCGAGGGUGAUGAGGAUGCAGUGGAAGUGCUGUUCAAAGGUUCACCUCCGUAUGAGCUUACAUAUGUGCAAACCGUCAAACCGGACUCAGGGACUGUGGCACCGCGCACGAAGGACCUCCGCGCUGCGGUCAACGUCGCAAGUCUUCGCAUGGAGACGGCCGUUGCUGGCGCAUACGAGUACAAAUUCUCCAAGCUGAAGGAUGGUAAUUACGAUCACUCGUCAAAGCACUUCACUCCUCUGAGUAUCACGCAGAAGGUCAACGCUCGGCCGUCUGCAGCAUUUGUCACCCCGGGAAAGACGUACAGCUUCUGCUCCGUAGAGUCAGACGGCGAGGAAGUCAUACCUGUCAGCCUGCAUGGAGUACCGCCAUUCGAACUGGAGGUGGAGAUCAAGCAUCACGGCACAACCAAACCUGAGAUGGUGCAUUACACCAACAUCGAGAGCAAGAGCCACAGCAUCCGCAUUCCACACUCCCGUCUGCAUCUUGGCAAGAGCGCUGUUUCGCUUCGACGAGUUUCGGAUGCUCGGGGCUGUUCACGUUUCCUUGACAAUACAACUCCUCGCGUCCAGAUCAGCGUUCACGAUGCUCCAACGAUCGUCAGCUUGGAGGAACGAACAGACUACUGCGUAGGAGACCGUCUCAAUUUCGGUCUCUCAGGUGUCGCACCGUUCCAAGUUUUCUACACGUUCGAAGGUCAUGCGCGCAAAGCUUCCGUCAGCUCUGGCAACACGUUCAAGCGUCUGGCCGAAAAGCCAGGAACGUUCCAGAUCACCGGGCUUCAAGACAGCGCCUCUUCCUGCAAAGCAAGCACAGAUAUCACCAAGCGCAUCCACGGCAUGCCCUCAGUUCGAGUCAGCAAAGGCAAGGACAGCUAUGUGGAUAUUCACGAAGGUGGUCAAGCCGAGCUGACGUUUGACUUUGGCGGCACGCCGCCUUUCGAGUUUACUUAUACUCGAUCUUCAAAUACCGACAAGCACGGCAAGAAGAAGGGCCAAGUACUUGAUAUGCGCAGCGAAGUGUCCGAUGAGCAUUCGAUGCGUAUUUGGGCGAGCGAAGAGGGCACGUACGAAGUGGUCAGCAUCAAAGAUGCACAUUGUGCGUACACUAAAGCGGGAAUCAAUGUAGAGCAGGCGAAGGGUGCGAAGAAGAGGUUGGGAUACUAUUAGCCUUGAAGCGAUGCUGAAAUUUGGAUUUGUGUAAGAUUGGGGUCACUUUGAAACGGAACUGGUAUGCAUGGCGAGGCGUCUGGCGCUUUCUGGCAGCAUGCAGAUAUGACGAUACUGAGAGCGCAAAGAAUUUUGCAGAUUUCCAUUUGUAGUCGAGACUCCG